GCUCCAUCGAGUUGCGGAGAAUGUAGACAGAGAAAGAGAGAGUAUGCAAUCACUGCAGCAGAAGGCAUCGGAGUUGAGCGGCGUUGAUCGGAGCGACGCUUUCGCCAUUGACGACACCAAUCUCUUUCAGAAGCUCGGUCUCGAGACCUUCAUUAAGCUUUCUACCAAUUUCUGUACCAGGGUUUAUGACGAUGAAGAGGAGCGGUUUCAGUCAAUUUUUGCAAAUUCGAAGAAAGAAGACGCUAUUCGGAAUCAAUACAAGUUAUUGGUGCAGAGAAUGAGAGGGCCUCCCCUGUAUUCACAGAGAAAGGGUCACCCUGCUCUGAUUGGACACCACAGCCCGUUUCCUGUUACUCACCAAACUGCUAAGAGGUGGUUGCAUCACAUGCAACAAGCAUUGGACGGCAUGACAGACAUUGAUGCAGACUCGAAAAUCAAAAUGAUGAACUUUUUUAGGCACACUGCAUUCUUUCUUGUGGCUGGAGAUAAGUUGAAAAAUUCAAAUCAAGGAGUUCCUUUUACGGAUGGCACCGACAGACCAGCUGCAACGCAAGGGGAUUUCACCCUGGCAAAGGGUUAUACGGCCAUUUGAGUACUCGUAAAAGUGAUCGCCAAUAGUAGGGGAGCGUUUCCAACACCAACCUAUACCCUGGAAGAAUUUUAUGACACUGCUCUGCUCUCCACCCCAGUGUCAUAAAAUUCUUCCCGGAUAAAAUUUGGCAGUGGAAAAGCACCCAUACCAUUGACGAUCACGAUUACGAGUCCUUAAAUGGUCGCAUAAUCCUCUGGCAGACCGAAAUCCCCUCAUACAUACACACCGGCAAACCAGCUGCAGUGUAAGGGGAUUUGACUCCAAUAGAGGGUUAUACGACCAUUUGAGUACUCAUAAUAGUGAUCGCCAAUAGCAGGGGAGCGUUUCCAACACCAACCUAUGCCCCAAAAGAAUUUUAUGACACUACAAUGUUCCCUAUCCCAGUGCCAUAAAAUUAUUCCUAAGAAAAUUUUGGUGGUGGAAGCACUCCCCUGCCAUUGACGAUCACGAUUAUAAGUCCUUAAAGGGCCGCAUAAUCCUCUGGCAGACCAAAAUCUCCUCCUACAUGCCAUGCAAAUGCGUGCUUUUCAUAUGGAAAGGAAAUGAUUUUAGAUACUUUAUUUAGAACUCUUUGAUCUUAGUAGUUGUGUGCAAGGAACGUAUAGUCUUGAAUUGUUUGAUCAAAUAAUCUUGAAAAUGUAAGGUUCUUGACAUUUACAUUAGUUCAACGAGAAAGUUAAAGGCAAGCAUUUCUUUGAAUUCUCAUGCUUCUUCA